GGUUCACACCCUUUUACGUGUACAACCCAGCAACCACUUCAUUUCCAUUUCAAAAGAAAAUUAUUUGGAAGAAAAAGAAGAAACUCAUAUUUUCUCACCCAAAUUCAAGAAAAAUCAUCGAUAUCAAUACAACUUGAAGAUAAUUUGAAAAGUUCCUUCUUCGGUGAAUCCUGAAAUAAUGGGUCCAAUUGUUCUGACUCAAUUAGGUCUGAGUGUAUUGGCCGGUGCCGCUUUGGUGAAAUCAGUGAUGGACCAGAAGACCAUGAUGGGUUCGGGUCAGUUCCCUCGGUGCGCCAGUUGCAAUGGAACGGGUCGGGUUUCUUGCAUGUGCUCCCGCUGGUCAGAUGGGGAUGUGGGUUGUCGGACUUGUGCCGGGUCGGGUCGAAUGGCUUGCAGCAGCUGCGGAGGUACAGGUACGGGUCGCCCAAUUCCAGUUCAAAUCUCUGUUCGACCUCCCAACCGUUCACCUUAGAACUGUUCCGAUUUUUAACAUUGUAUCAAUAUCAUAUCUUGUACUUAAUUCAGAUUCUUCCGGUUGAGAAAGGAUAAAAAAAUUAUGAAUUGUAUAUGUUUGGUGAUACUUGAGAUCAGUUAGACCUACUACAUGGAAAUUUAUGGUUCUAUUUUGUAAUUACUUGUUAUAGCUUGAGUAAUUUAUACCAUGAGUUAGCCCUA